AUGUCUAGCACCCAAAUACACGACGAACUUUUCCAGCAGGAUGAAUUAUUGACCGAGGAUGAAUAUCAUAACCGACAGCAACUAAUCCAAGCACUAAUGCGAGAAGUGCAGCAGCAGCACUCAACGGCUCGACCGGGCCAUGAACAAUCGAAAACACUAACGCGAUCAAUCCAUCGACAUCAGUCUCUAACGAACAUCCAGCAGGCGCCAUGUCAGGAACAUGGUACUGGAUUCUUUAUGGAUGACCAACCAAAUACCCCAAUGACAGCUUGGGAGAACAGCAGCGGUCAACCACACUCGCUACAGGACGCAUACAACAGUAAUACUAUGGACAUUUUUCAAUCUUUCGACUCGACCACCUCCGCUGGAUACCUCGACGGCUUCGGAACAGGACACGACGAAUAUACAGAAAACAUCCUACCUAAUGAAACAACAAAAACAAAAGCUAUGCCACACGGCCUGCCAUCCCAAGAAGACUCGCAGAGACCUACCGCUAGAGAUGGAACUCAGCGACCGUGCACACCUCUAAGUCAAAUGAGAACGGAUUACUUUCCAAUAACUCCGGCCACAACUCCGUUCUCACAGAAUGCGCACACUAACAAGGCUCUGCAGAGUCGUACUGCAGAAUCUUCCCCUACUCGAAGAGACCCAAAUUUGACCAUCAAAGCCUCUCAUGCGAUGCAACGCGGAACUUCUUGUCAAGACAACUUCGCUGCGAUGAGGCAACAUGCUAUGAGCCCGGAUGUUCCAUCUCCUCCCAACACGGCACCGCCGCAAGGACGGCAGCGAGGCUCGGUCGACCUGGCAGCUUUCCCUCAGCCGAACUUCAUGAACAUGUCGAAUUUGAAAAUGGACAUCCCUGGCAGCAUUGGUGGGUACAAUGCUUCGAACUAUUCACCCAUGUCCAACGCUGUUUCAUCCGCCGUUACAUCAUUCCAAUCUUCACCAGAGAUGGCGCACAUGACAUUGUUCGAAGACCUCAAUGUUGGUGUCAAUGGCCCACUCGUUGCGACCAAGCUAUCAGGGCUGCCUAGUUCACAAAGUGCGGAUGACCUUGCGGUCUAUCCUUCUCCCAUGAAAGAGGAUCCAUAUCCAAGGUCCCAUUCGAUGUCAGAGAAUGACACAGAAGAUUGGAUUGACACGGGUGUAACCUGUAAUGAUAUCGCCUCGUUCAUUGGAUUACCAGAGGACGACAACAGAUGGAAAUGCUUGUACCCGCAUUGCGACAAGAAGUUUGGCAGGAAGGAGAACAUCAAGUCUCACGUGCAAACCCAUCUUGGCGACCGCCAAUUUCAAUGCAAGGAUUGCCUCAAGUGCUUUGUUCGCCAGCACGACCUAAAGCGGCACGCCAACAUCCACAGCGGUGUUAAGUCAUAUUCGUGUCCUUGUGGCAAGGGGUUCGCACGACACGAUGCCCUUACUCGACACCGACAACGUGGCAUGUGUAUCGGUGCAUUUGAUGGUACGCCGAAGAAAGUCAUCAAGCGUGGGAGGCCUAAGAAGCCGAGACCCGAUACUGAGGAGAGACUCGAGAAGUCGGCAAAGACUCGUCAGAGAGUGCUUGAAAAGAGAUGCCUUGGAGAGUAUGCUUCCUCGGCGUCUGGCUCAUCAGCCUCCUCAUACCCUAGCCCAGAGCAACUCUUCGACGACAUGGACUUUACCACAUCGAGUCCUUCUCAUGGUCAUGAGUCUUUGCAACAGAUCUCGGGCGACAUUUCGGGAGACUUCUGUGGAGACCUCUUUUCAUACACUCCACCCACUUCGCCAAGCUACAGCACUGGAAACUGCUUUUCGUCGCAGCAUUCCCAGCAUUCGCACACCCCAAAGGCCGUCAGCAUGAGCCCUUCGCCAAAGCUUGCUGGAACUUCCGAAGAGCAACAUGAGUUUCCGAAGAGCAACUCCGGAUCCCGGAAGAGUUCCACAAGCUAUUUCGGCACUCCUCCGGAGCUGGACCUCUCUUCAUCAUCACCAGCAGCGUCCAAAUUCUUCGACUUUGAAGGCAGCUCUGACGCCAACUCUUCCCAGUCAAUACCUGUGCUUUUUGACGACAACCUAGAUUUUUUCAAGAAAGACUUCGACUUGUCAUCUACAUUGAACAAAGCAGAACAUACGAAGGAGGCGAACACAGAAUUUCACGAUUUCUUCAACGCAGAGCUCGAGAUGACAGGCUUUGGUGGUGGGUCGGUGCCAGAUAGCGGAUACGAGGAUGCCUGCAACUCCAAUGACCCCUUUUCCACCGACUUCUUCGGCAGCUAG